AUGACUGGAGUCUUUGACAGUCUGGUGGCUGAUAUGCACUCGACCCAGAUCACGGCCUCCAGCACAUACCACCAGCACCAGCAGCCCCCGAGCGGCGGCGGCGCCGGCCCGGGCGGCGGCAGCAGCAGCAGCAGCAGCAGCAGCCUGCACAAGCCCCAGGAGUCGCCCACUCUUCCGGUGUCCACAGCUACCGACAGCAGCUACUACACAAACCAGCAGCACCCGGCGGGCGGCGGCGGCGGCGGCGGGGGGGGCUCGCCCUAUGCGCACAUGGGUUCCUACCAGUACCAUGCCAGCGGCCUCAACAACGUCCCCUACUCCGCCAAGAGCAGCUACGACCUGGGAUACACUGCAGCUUACACCUCCUACGCACCCUAUGGGACAAGUUCGUCCCCAGCCAACAACGAGCCUGAGAAGGAGGACCUCGAGCCUGAAAUCCGGAUAGUGAACGGGAAACCAAAGAAAGUCCGGAAACCCCGCACCAUCUACUCCAGUUUCCAGCUGGCGGCUCUUCAGCGGCGUUUCCAAAAGACUCAAUACCUGGCACUGCCUGAGCGAGCGGAGCUGGCGGCGUCUCUGGGCCUCACCCAGACUCAGGUCAAAAUCUGGUUCCAGAAUCGUCGGUCCAAGUUCAAGAAGAUGUGGAAAAGCGGUGAGAUCUCCUCGGAGCAGCACCCUGGGGCCAGCGCUUCGCCACCUUGCGCUUCGCCGCCAGUCUCGGCGCCGGCCUCCUGGGACUUCGGCGCGCCGCAGCGGAUGGGGGGCGGCGGCCCAGGCAGCGGGUUCCGUCGGUCACGUGCUCAGAGCUCGAGCCGCUGCCCAGGCCGGGAAUCCGCUCAGCCGAGAGCGACAUUGACAUCUCUGGGAGACUGCGAGCACCCGCAGGCGCGGCGAGGCAACGACAGCGCUGUGGUUCUGGGGGCCGCCUGGAGUGGGAAAGUCCCAAUUCUAGGUCCGGAAGGGGCCUCCAGGUCCCCUUCAUCCCCCACCACCUCCCCUGCUUCCUCCAUCACACCGCCCCUCACCCCCAGCCCCUUCACUUCCUCCUCCCCCUCCCAAAGGGCGUCGGAAGAAGAGCCCGGCUCAUCUGAUCUUUCACCAGCACCAAUUGAAAAAUGGGUGCUUGUCACAACACAGAUCACUGCUUUCCGGGCUCUGCUCCCCGCCGCGCGCCUGAAAGGGUCCCCCAAAGGCGGAGGGCCAGCCCCCUCGGGCAGCAGCGACAGAAGGCGUGUGCGGGAGAAGCAGGAAUUGCGCAAAGCAGCCGGUCUGAGCCCGCAGCUUUCCGGAGCUGCUUCGACUGGGCAGCGGAGUCUGGGGUUAGGGGUGGGCUGUGGCGCAGGACCACCGGGCGAAGCAGGGAGCCGAUCUGGUGGUAGCCCCUCGGAGCCUGCGUUCUUCUGGAGCGAACUGAUCCGAGUGCUCCAGCAGAGGUGCCCUCAAAAUGGCCUGGCCUGGGAACUUUCGGGCUGGGGGCUAAAGGUGUGCUUGACUCUGGUCAGCUCUCGAGUUCCAACGAGUCAGCGGAGCCUACGCACCCCUCCCUUAGCACCUACAUUUCUAGGAGGCGCAGAGAAAAGGCAGGAUCAUUAG